CUUCUUCCCAGCAAGUUCCGAAGAACUUCCCACCAAACUAACAUGGCAUUUCUUUACAGCCUGCUGGCCCUGGCCCUUUUUACAGGAUCGCAGGCUGUUGUCCUCAGAGAUGAACCAGAUUCUGAGAUGGCCCACUUAAAGCAGGAGUUAAGGGAAGACUUCAUGAACCUCAGAAGGACCGUGACCGAAAAAGUGAACUCCAUCUUAGCAGGGAAGUUUGUCCGUCAACUAACACAGAAUAUCACAGACCCCUUUUUCCAAGUCGGGAAGAACUUAAAUGACCUGAAGCAGAUGUUGCCCACUGAGACCAAAGAAGUCUAUGAUCUGGUGCUUAAGAGAUCGUGGGGCAUGUGGAGAGAAGCCCGCAACGCCUUAAAUGAGCAGAAGAGACGGCUGAGCUCUGCCACAGAGGGGAUGUCUGAGACACUGUCCUCCAUUUCGAAACCUUACAUAGACCCGAUCCUGCGGAGGGCAGCUCCAUACACAGAGGACCUGCGGAGAAUCCUUGCAACUAAAGUAACAGAGUUGAGUUCCAAGAUGAAUAAGUCAUUGGCCCAGCGACUGGAAGACCUCGGGCCCCAGCUGAGCCCUUACGUCGAGGCAGUCCAGAACCAGUGGGGAAAACUGCAGACGUCCUCUGAGACCUUCACGACAUCCAUGAAGGAACAACUCCAACAAAGGCUGGAAACCAUCAACAACACUUGGGUGAAGACCUUUCUGACCCCUCUCCUGGCGCCCUUCCAACCACCCGCCGAGGACUGAGAUGCAUGUGGAUAACCCCUAGCUUCCCCAAGAUUAGGGAUGUUUUCCCCUCAUAAGCUGUGGAGGGUGGAACCCCAGAUGAUCUGUGUAAACAAAACCAGGAGAGGAAGUGGAUAUUACUCUAUGACCAUUGGCGGAUGGGGUAGGACAGGAGGCCACCUUUAACUUCCCA